UCUCUAGGAGACGCCAAGCGAUUGUUUUCCUCGCUUUUCCAAUCUGUGCGCACUUUGCAAGUGAAUUUCCGCGUUUUUACCGCCGCCCGGAUCGAGUUACUCCAAUUGUCGCCAUGGCCGAAAAACUGGUGGCGCGCGAGGCGCUGCUGACCGAGAAGAGGGUCUGCCGCUUCUGCCUAACGGAGCAGAAGCUGGCCUCGAUUUUCGAGGAAAAUCCCCGGGUGAAAACAACCGCCAAUCUGCCGCUGCAGAUCAUGGCCAUUACGGCGAUCGAGGUCUACGCCGGCGACGGAAUGCCAGAGCACAUCUGUCUGGAGUGCCGCCUUCUCUUCGAGCACUGCUACCGCUUCAAGCAGAUGUGCAAGCGGGCGGAGACCCUCCUGCGGCAAUAUCCCCUCACCGGUAACUGGCCCUCGCCGCUGGAGAAGCCCCGUGCGCCCAUGACGACGGUGGCGCCCAAGAAGUUGCCGAUCUUGCCAACAAUGGCAGACUCAAACGAAACGCCCAAAAAGCUGCUAAACACAAUGGCCAAGUCCAAUCAGUUGCUCGUCGAGAACGUCCAGGUGUUGGAGACCACAAUGAUACCCCACAAGUUGGGAUCAGGUUCCUCUCCAAUACCACGUCGUUCCCAUGCCUAUGAGCUGAAGGUGGAGAACAACCAGGAGCUCUCCAUGGACGAUGUGCAGAGCAUGCUGGAGGACAUGGCUAGUGAACUAGAGAAGGAAUUUACCGAAGUCCCUCCGAAGGCGUCACCUGCCAAGCCAAAGGUGCUGAACAAGUCUUCGAUUAGGAUCUUGAACAAGGGACCCGCUGCUCCGGUGGAACCGCGCUUGGCCACUCCCAAAGUCAAGCGAGAUGACAGUGGUAAUGUGGCCAUUGUGACCGAGGUUCUCGACUCGGAACUCCCAUUGGAUGAUCAGGACGAUCCGACAAAGAACGCCGAGAAGGUUGCCACCGACGUGUUCCCGUGUCCCGAUUGCGAACGCUCCUUUCCGCUGCAGCAGCUGCUCGAGAUCCAUCGGCUCAAUCACACUCGCUCGCGCAGCUUCCAGUGCCCUCAGUGCGAGAAGAGCUUCUUCUCCAAGUACGACCUGGCCAAGCACAAUUUCGUGCACACCGGCGAGCGGCCUUUUAAGUGCGCCAUUUGCUCGAAAGCCUUCACCCGGAAGGCAUUGCUGCACCGCCAUGAGCGCACCCACACGGACGUACCCAAGUUCAUCUGCGUGUACUGCGAGAAGCCCUUCCUUUCGCGACAGGAGAUGGAGAAGCACGCCGAGCGGCAUCAGAAGAAGCGUCCAUUCCAAUGCGGCGUCUGUACCAAGUCAUUUGCCUUCAAGCAGGGAUUGGAGCGUCAUGAGGUUGUCCACUCCACCAAUCUGCCCUUCCCCUGUCAGCACUGCGAGCGAAGCUUUUCCACCGCCUCCAAGCUGGCACGCCACCUGGUUGCCCACGCCGGGAAGAGAGCUUACCCCUGCAAGUACUGCCACAAGUCCUACAUGCUGUCCCACCAUCUCUCGCGUCACCUGCGCAUGCAUACGCAGACAUCGGACGCCUCGUUCGUGUGCAGCGAGUGCAAGGUCUCGUACAGCAAUUACAACGACCUGCUGGAGCACUCGCUUAUCCAUGCCACCGCCAGUCUGAAAUGUCCCAUGUGUCGAAAGCAGAUCGAGGAUGUCGAUAGUGUCGAAGGACACAUGGAGCAGCAUAAGCAAAGCGAGCGACAUGCCUGCGAGUUCUGCGACCACAUCUUCUUGACACAGAAAUGCCUGCAGCGGCACAUCGAGGACGAUCAUGUGGUGGACAUGGAGCCAUAUCAGAACGAGUUCGAAGACGACGGUGAAGGCGAUGAAAAGGAGGAACAUCUGGACGAAUUUGAAGACUUGGACAAUGAAAAGCAGGAGGAAUUCGUGACGGAAUACUUAGAAGACGAUACUCUCGAUGAUGAUCACCUGGACGAUAGCGACGAGUCCUUCACGCCGCCGCCUCCAAAGCAGCGUAAAACCAAUCCUUCCAAGGGAGGAUUGGCGCAGCAAUCCUUGCGGCAAACUCGUAGUCGGGAUGACAAAAUCUCUUCGAAGUCUGCGAAGAAGGAGGACAAGUCUCCUCCCAAACUGGAACGCUCCCUUAAGAAUCGCCGAUCCGCAAAAUAAUAAAAGUGUACUAUAAUGCAUACGGGAAGUCUACCCGUGCUUUAUGCCUUUACAUUAGAGUUUAUGUAUUCUAUUUUAUUGGUAUUUAUAAUUAUUCAAUCUGACUUGUUUUUCCUUUAACCAAAGGCCUUUUAAAUAAACUCC